AUGAAGUUGUUCCUGGUUGUCAUCGGUCUUGCCGCUUUGGCUCAAGCCGCACCCAAGUAUGAGCCCAUACUCAUCGACUACCAUAAUGUAGUCGGUGUUCCAGAGGCCGCUCGCAUCAAGGCCGCGGAGGAGGCUAUGGACUUCGAUGGCUCCAGGAUCACAGGCGGUUCCACUUCCAGUCUUGGCCAACAUCCCCAUAUGGGUGGUUUGGUCAUCACUUUAACCGAUGGCAGGCAAUCGGUCUGUGGCUCCUCUUUAGUGAGUAACACCAGAGUCGUGACUGCGGCUCACUGCUGGCGCACACUCCAAGCCCAAGCCCGCCAAUUCACCGUUGUCCUGGGAUCCAUUCGUCUUUUCUCCGGUGGAACUCGCAUUAACACCAACAAUGUUGUGAUGCAUGGAAGCUAUAACAUGAUCACUCUCAGAAACGACGUUGCCAUUGCCACUAUUUCCAGAGUCACCUUCAGCAAUAACAUCAGAGCCAUACGAUUGGCAUCCGGCAGCAACCAGUACGUCGGUGUUACAGCUACUGCUGCUGGUUUUGGCAGAACAGGAGACGGAUCCGCUGGAGGCAUCACCAACAACCAAGCUUUGAGCCAUGUCAAUAUGCCUGUCAUAGCCAACGCCGAUUGUGCUCGUGUUUACGGAUCAACGACAGUUAUUGCCUCCACCUUGUGCGUCAACACUAGUGGCAGACGUAGCACCUGCGCUGGAGACUCCGGUGGUCCCCUCACUAUCAACAACAACCAAGACUUGAUUGGUAUCACUUCCUUCGGUCACCGCGAUGGUUGCCAGCUCGGCCACCCCGCUGGUUUCGCCAGAGUCACCUCCUUCGAAUCUUGGUUCCGCGCCCGCAUGUAA